AUGAAUGAUGGGGGAGGCUCAAGUGGACGCUCAGCAAGUGGAGGCAGAUCUAGCCAGACCCCGGCUAGCGCGAGGGCACCUGUGCCACCUCGAGGAGCUGUGAUGAAGAAGAUUGUUUCUGACAUGCUUAAACCUUUUGCCGCUUCUUCCUCCUAA